CAGGCAGUAACUGAAAUGAAAAUUUUCACACGGGUGGCGGGAUUCCUGCAUUCUAACGUCUCCUAUUCAGCGCCGAUCCGAUAGGCCCGUUCUCUCUCCUCCCUCACGGGAAAGCAGAGAGAGAACAAUCUCAUCAUCAUCAUCAUCAUCAUCAAGGCCCUCCUCACCUUUCCUUUCUUUUCACACCUCUCCAUCUCUCUUAACACCUUUUCUCUCACAUACACAUACACAUACACAUACACAUACACAUACAUAUACAUAUCUAUCUUUAUACUCUAAUUAUUUAUAGAAUCUCUCAAUGUGAUUGCUUCUUUCCCAAAUACUGCUUCCACAUACUCUACCCAUGGAUCCAUAUUCAAUUUCUAGAAAAUUGUUCAUGAUUCGGAUCUGCAGAUCGCUUGCGAGCUGCAUUCUCAUGUUGUUCGACGUACAAUAGCGAAGGCGGUUUGAAUAAUAUACGAAGGAGGAGGCGAAGAAGAAGAAGCUUGGAGUGAUAUAUAAUAAUGGAAAAGAGGAAGUAUCCGAUUGGACCCGAGCAUUAUACGCUGUAUGAGGAGGUAGGGCAAGGUGUGAGUGCUUCGGUUCAUCGUGCCAUUUGUACUCCUCUCAACGAGAUUGUCGCCAUCAAAAUUCUCGAUUUUGAACGCGAUAAUUGUGAUCUGAAUAACAUAUCUCGUGAAGCACAGACCAUGGUCCUGGUUGACCACCCAAAUGUUCUUAAAUCACACUGCUCGUUUGUUAGUGAUCAUAAUCUGUGGGUCAUUAUGCCGUUCAUGGCUGGGGGUUCUUGUCUCCACAUAUUGAAGGCUGCAUAUCCAGAUGGGUUUGAGGAGGUUGUUAUUGCAACAGUAUUGCGUGAGGUAUUGAAGGGCUUGGAGUAUCUUCAUCAUCAUGGACAUAUUCAUCGGGAUGUCAAGGCUGGAAAUAUUCUCAUUGAUGCACGUGGCGCAAUUAAGCUCGGAGAUUUUGGUGUAUCUGCUUGCUUGUUUAAUUCAGGGGAUAGGCAACGGACGAGGAAUACAUUUGUGGGGACACCGUGCUGGAUGGCACCCGAGGUUAUGGAGCAAUUACAUGGUUAUGACUUCAAGGCUGAUAUCUGGUCUUUUGGCAUUACUGCUUUAGAGCUUGCCCAUGGCCAUGCUCCUUUUUCAAAGUAUCCUCCAAUGAAGGUAUUGCUUAUGACCUUGCAAAAUGCUCCACCUGGCCUUGAUUAUGAGAGAGACAAGAAGUUUUCCAAGUCCUUUAAGCAGAUGACUGCUAGUUGCUUGGUAAAAGAUCCUUCAAAACGGCCUUCUGCAAAGAAGUUGUUAAAGCAUUCAUUUUUCAAGCAAGCUAGAUCAAAUGAUUACAUAUUGCGAACACUUUUGGAGGGGCUACCUGCUCUUGGUGAUCGUCUUAAGGCCUUGAAGAGAAAAGAAGAAGAUAUGCUUGCACAAAAGAAAAUACCAGAUGGGCAAAUGGAGGAAAUGUCACAGAAUGAAUAUAAACGAGGGAUUAGUGGUUGGAACUUCAACCUUGAAGACGUGAAGGCUCAGGCUUCCUUGAUCCAGGAUGAGGACACUCCAUUUGAACAAGAUCAAGGAAGAAGAUCAAUUACUUCUUCUGGCCUUGACGUUGAAAAGAAACUCCAGUAUCAGCUGUCUUUUGUGAGCCACUCUCCACAAGUUUCCGAUGUGGAAGAUAAUGAUUCGACGCAGAAUCAACCACCUCCUCUAUUAGCCGACUCAACCGUGACUAGUAACUUAACUAAGUAUGAGAAAUCUGACAAUGAUGCAAGCACUGCUAGUUCAACCCUUGAAAACCAAGUUUCACAAACUUCUUCUCCCUGUUUUGGCGAUACUAUUGAAAAUAAUUCGGCUGGGAGACCUGGUUUGGACGUCAGUGGAAGAAUCUUUGAUGGCAUGGCCAUGCAAGCUCAUCAGAGGGGAGGUGCAUCUGGCAGUUUCAUUUUUCCAGAUGCUUGUUUUCUUCCUAGUAAAGGAGAGAGUGAUAAAUUGCAAAAUCAGCUCCAAAACAUCUCAAGUAGCAAUGGAACUCCUGUUCCACAGGCUGUAGAUGAUGCACCUCCCGAAAUCCUCUCUAGAGCUUCUAGAACCUCAGCAAACAGUGAAGACCUUGAUGAGAAAGCGAAAGGUUCAGUUGUUCAACAAAGGGGGCGCUUCAAAGUAACAUCUGAGAGUGUUGACUUAGAUAAGGUAGCCCCAUCUCCUUUGAUGCAAAAGAGUCACAGCAUGCAGGUGAUUACCCAAUAUCCCUUCAUUUCUCUUCCAUCACCAACAUCUGAUCCUACACCACCAAAUAGUCUUGGUCGCUCCCUUUUUCCGACAUUGCUGUCUGUUUUGCAGACAAAUAUUAUUCAAAGGGAGAGUAUUCUAAGCUUAAUGAAGCAAGUCUCUACUGGUGACUCUACAGGCAACCAUGUAGUUGAUGGAGGAAGUAUGCUACUUAAUACAACUGUUGUGGAGAAAUCAUUGCUAGAGGCGGCUCACGAUAGGGAAAAGGAACUACUUCAGGAAAUAACUGAUUUGCAAUGGAGGUUAAUAUGUGCCCAAGAGGAGCUUCAGAAAUAUAAAACUGACAAUGCUCAUGUUGAUUUCUUACGCUAUUCUUGUUUCAUAUAAAUUAUGACAUAUUUGUUUUGUUUUUUGUUUUUUGGUUUUUUAAUUUUUGUUGAACAGAUUAUAAACUAUUAUAUCUCUGUUUCAGGUAUGAUCUUAUUCCCUAACUGACAUGAGACAGAUGAAGAAAAAUAUAGUCAAUUCCACUACACUGACUAAAAAGGAAAAAAUAAAAGAAAAGAAAACAGUAAGGUGAUUUCAAUGACCAACAUACUUUAUUAAACAUUUAGUGGUUGAGUAUGUUGUGUAGGAAUGUUUCAAGCUUGCUGCAUAGCUCCAAUACGUGCAAACCCUUGGUAAAAUUAUUCUUGUACAUGAUUUUAUUAUUAUGUUCUCACUUUGCUUGUACUAUAUUAUCAUUAGACCUUUUGUAUUUAAUUUUUUGUCAAGUAUAUAGCAAGGACCUGUUUCUUUUAGUUUGUAAAUAGAUAAGUAUAUAUUUUCUUUUUCUUUCA